CAAAUUAACGGUCAAUUCAACCGCACUACAGCACUUGACGUAGAAGUAUCUGAUUCUGCGCAACGGACAUUUGCUGCCAACUGUCAAACGUCUGUUGCUUGGGUAGGUCGCUCCCGUUUGAAAGUGUGUGCUUAGAAUGUUUUUAAUUAAGAUCGAAUCCAAAAGUAAGGUCUGAAAAGGAGCAUUUCUUCCAGUUCUCUUCGGGUGUAUAGUGUUGCAAGAAAAAGCAGCAAAUUGUGCAAAACGAUAAAACAUAUCCGUGUGCUGGUGGUUGAUUUAUGAAUGCAUUGAAAGUUCGAUUGUGCGCAUAAAACUAAACAAACUGCUAGUUAUCACACCCGCAAUCCGGUCAACAGGAUGGAAGCUGAAAUGGAUGAAAUCAUCGCCGGGUUAAAGAAUGCAACGCUGGAGAAAAGUUCUGAACGUGCCCUACCGUUGCUGAAGCAACUAUCCGAUGCGGAAACGAACCUCUGUGAUAAAUACGAUAUUAAGAACGAUUUGCUGGAGCUGCUGCAGCUGCCCGAUGCUGGCGUGCAGAUACAGGUGGCCCGUUGCAUUGCCGAGGUGGCCAAAACCGAACAUCAGCGAACCAAGUUUUCCAAGGAAGACAUCAUCCGGCGGCUGACAGAGCUGCUGCAAAGCCCGGCAGCGCAGAACGGCGGUAACGCAACCGAUCGCGCCGCCCUCGAGCUGGCGACGCAAAUUUGCCGCGCCCUGGGCAACAUCUGCUACGCGAACGACGAGGCGCGAAACAUUAUCAAAGAGCUCGGUGCCGAUGAACGGUUUUUCGCGCUGCUCGAUUACGACGUCGAUACGGACGACGAGGACCGGGAACAGUUUGUGCGCGUUCGCUGUGGGCUCAUUUCGAACUACCUGCUGGGCAGUGACGAGAUUGCGGAGCGAGCGGUCGAGCUGAAGCUGAUCGAUCGGCUGGAGCGAAUCCUGACGCGCUGCCUGUGCGAUGUGGACCGGCACGAGGAGCUGCUGCUGAGCAUACUGCCCCCGCUCAGCAUCCUGACUGAGCAGAUCAGCGAUCUCUACUUUGCGCCGUCGCUGAACAAAACGAUCGCGCAGAUUUUGGCCAAAUGCACCAACCCGGACAUUGCCGAGUCGUGUCUCGCGCUGCUACACUACGAGGCGCAAAACGAUGACGUGAAGCUGCUGCUGGCAGAGGAGGGGCUGUGCGAAACGAUCUACCAGCUGCUGGAAAAGUACAAAACGUUCGCCAACACGGACGAGGCACGCGUACUUAUGAAGCUGGCCUGCGACUUGAUUGUGCUGAUACUGACGGGAGACAAAUCGAUGCACUAUCUGUACUCAACGCCACUCUUGAAGUGCAUGGAAGAUUGGCUAGAUUCGUCCGACGUAGAACUGCUAACAACCGGCGUGCUUGCGCUUGGAAACUUUGCCCGAACGGACAGCCACUGCAUUCAUAUGGUGGAGAACAAAAUUAUGCACAAACUGCUAGCUAUUUUGGCUAAAAAUAAUGGAACGGAACACCAGAUGACGCUUCAACAUGCGCUGCUAAGUACACUGAAAAACUUGGUUAUACCGAAACCAAAUAAGGCUGCCGUCAUAGAGGCCGGUUUGGUGGACAUUAUUUUACCAAUGCUGGAAAUACAUCAAGCGCCGGUAGUGUUCAAACUGCUCGGCACGCUACGAAUGACCGUCGACGGGCAAGAAAAUCUUGCCUCCCAGCUGUUGCAAAACGAAAAGCUAGUCAAACAGCUGGUACACUGGAGCCAAACGUCCGAAUUUACCGGCGUCCUGGGCGAGUCGUUACGGCUGAUGGCAUGGCUGAUCAAGCACGCCUACCAGCAGCGCGACAGCAGUGCAAAGGCACCGAUGGACGAUACGGGGCUGCGGAAGUUUGUCGCUAUCGAGGGAGCGGUCGCCAGUAUGGUCGGCAUGCUCGCCUCCACGCAUCUGGUGAUGCAAAACGAGGCCCUGAUUGCGUUGAGCAUUUUGACCACGCUUUACCACAGCAAGGCGGCGUCCGAGAGCAACACGCUGGACGAGCUGCUGGUGCAGGCCGACGUCGGUGCCAAGCUUGCCGAGCAGAUCACGCUUAACGGUGAGUCGAUGACGAAGGAGCUGGUGGAAAACCUGCAAACGUUCGUAAAGCUGCUACGGUCGUCGAGCGACGCACUGGUGGCCCAUUUGCGCCAGCACAACAUCGAAGAGCUGCUAAAGACGAUACCGAGCUUGGUGGAAUACUGUACGCUUUGAAUGCAUUUUCCAGUGAAUCUAGCUUCUACUGGGAUGAUCACAACACCAUCUUACUUUACGGGGGGGAAAACAUGAUUUUCAUUUCACACGAUUUCCUUCGAUUUCACGCAAAGGUAACCGAUUUAUCAACGUUACGUUAUCAACCGAACGGGAACAGUCUUGCACAGGACCAGUGUUUGAUUUUCACCUGAAAGCAAUAGAGUUUUAGCCAUAAAUAACGAUAUUGAUAGCGAACCGUUCGAAUAGAAUAGAUUGUUUGUGGCAUAUUACAGCAAAUGACAUUAUCGUACCAUUCUAUACCAUUCUAUGACAAUCUGCAUUAAAACGAGGAAUCUACUUUUAGAUUUGGGUAAACACAUUUUAGUUUACUAGCAGGCGUGCAAAUGGGAAUAUUAGGGCCAAAUACUUGAUUACAGGGUUUCACAGGAGUUCUCAUAGCUCUCGGACACUUUAUUGCCUCUUUCUUACUCGAAAUGAACUUAAUGUAAUGGGAAUUGGACUCUAUAGCACGUUUAUUGGACAAAUCCAACAGGAAUUUCCAAGGAGCUUGUCCAAAAAGGGUGCCAUAGAGACCAACUUAAAUCAUAUGAAGUUCACUUCCCAUAGGAAAGAGGCAAGGAAAAGUCCCACAAUUAUGAGAACCACUGGAAAGCCCUGUAUGAAACCAAUCGUACUUCUACCACUACAUCUAUCCCCCUUUUAAUACAAUAUGAAUCCGAUCAGCACACAACGGAUGGCAAGUGGCAAACAAAAAAUGCAUUUAACAGUUUUCUAGCCCAAUUUAGUUUGUUUGCAAAGCAUCAAACACCGAUCACCCGAUGUUGGGAGACAUUUUCAAGAGCAAUUUAUAAUGUAAGCUUUAAUUUACAUAAACACACAGCAUGGAUAGGAUUAGCGAUUAAGAGCAAAAGCGUGUAUUUUGAGCAUUGACACAUAAGAAGCAACAACCGUGCGUUCACUCGGCGUGAAUAAAAAAAAACAAUACUUAACCAAUGAUAAAAUAAGCUAUUAAGCGAUAAAAAUGACAGUUCAGUUUCUUAAUAUACAUGAGAUCUAGUGAAAAAUGAGACGCACAGCAUUACAAAAAAAACACACACACACACACACUCACAUCGACAAAAAAUUCACACACACGCAGCUUCGCGAUUUGUGCAACAUAAACACAAAGCAUUAACCUCUAGUGAGCAGCAAACAGCAGCAAGAAGUAGAGAACAAAGUGAGAUAUUUUGAGCCGUUCUAGCAGUUUUAUCUCUUUUUGGGCAUUUGAGCGUGUAGAGUAUUGCAAGGUAAACAUCCAGUUUUUAAUAGUGUGUAAGAGAUAUCAUAUUUAAAGUGGCAUUACCUCGAUUCGAUCAACCAGUUAUAUUCACUUUACAGUGAAAGAGUAUGAUAAGCGUUUACCGAGCGAGUGGUUUAGGUACGUUGAGGCAGAGGUGUAAGUGCAGAUAAAAGUGCACGUGAGCAGCAAUAGCCGCAAUCGUAGCUUGUUGUUGACACCGCGUAAUGAGCUAAAUCGUAAAAAUAUAUAUAUUUGCUUGCGUAAGAAAACAAAAACUCUCGAAAACAAUUAUGCUUUGCUAAAAGACAACUGAAUGCACUGAUCUUGGUAAUAGAAAAUUUAAAAAAUUGCGUUCCGCAAAUUCAUCACGCCUCUGUGUUAGGAUCCCCAUUUCAUUGAAUUCUAACGCAACAACGACAAUUAUCCAAUAAUGUGUAUGAUCAUCACAUUGCUUCGUGCAUUUAUACCAAUGGCCAAGCUGUAGUAUCCCCUAAUAAUGGCAACAACAUUGGUUCGCCUGCGGCACCAUGUCGCCAACACUUGAAAAAGAGUCCGUUAUAGAUAGCAGAGAUAUUUAGCGUCUACGUAGGAGUGUUCCCCCUAAUGUAAACAAAAUCAUACGUCAGUAUUUUACUGCAUUUAACUAUCUUAACGUGACAUACACAAACCAAGCCUAAGUGCAUCAACCAUUGUGCAAAUGUGUAUGCAAAAGUGCAUAGUGGACGAGCACGGAACAGUUUUUCGGUAGUUUUGGGGCAAGUCCUCUAUCCUUCAUACACAAACACACAUGGCAUACAAAUCUUGUUGCAAGCAAAUCAACAAAUAGUAAAAAUACCGAUAUAGGAAAUAUGCAAAUGGUAAGCAAUGUUUUUUCAACGAUGAAUUUAAACAAACCACAAAUACUCCGACGAUUAUAUUAGUAUGCGCAGUUGAGAGCAACACCGGAGCGUUAGUUGAGAAAUAAUAGCACAAAACCAACGAUAAGUUAAAAUGUUUGAGAUAAGAAAAGCAAAAAGAAAGAGACUUUUAUCUAACUGUUCAGUGAAUUCAACUUUUCUCAAAACUGCUGCUGCUACGGUACUGCUACAACGCGCGCACAUUCUUCCUAGCAGAAUCAAGAUUUUUCAAACUGACAUUUUCAUCUCCAACUUUCUCCUCUGUGUAGAGUUGAGUAUCUUGUUUGAAAUCCCGUAACCUACUUUGAACUACUGUUACAUAUGACGCAUGUGUAGUACAUUUAUGUAGUAACGCGUCCACCGAACCAGAUAGAAAUUUUACAAAGAAACCUCCACUUCACAGAAAAGCGCGCAAACGCAAAGAUCCCGUUAGUUGAAUGAAAAAAAAAAUCAACCACAACCUAACGGCCCCCAUAUAAUGCGAUAAAGCGCAGCCUUUUUAGCACUGUUGCUAGAAAGGGCAGCGUGAAACGGUACAGUUUAACAACAAAAAAAGAAAGAAAAAAUAGUCAGUAAAAAGUGAUGAAAAUAGGGCAAUACGAGUGUUAAAAUAAUAAUAAUAAUACAAAUGAAAUAAUAAUAAUAAUAAUUAACACUAAUAAUCAAACAUACAUACAAAUGCAAA